AUGUUCAUAUUGUUAAUUUACAUAUUAUACAAGAAAGUUAAAACCUUAAUUCCUUCUAUCAUUAAUUAUGAGAAAUUCAAUGGAAAUUAUUUUCUAGGAUAUAGUAGUGACUGCAAAGAUUUAGAAAAAGCGAUGCAUGAUAUGGAUGAUUUUCAAAACAUAUGCAUGGAUAUAACAGGUGCGAUAGAUUUUUAUAAUGAUCAUAUAUAUGAUGAUUCAUUUGAUAACAUCUGUACGUCAUUCAAAUUUUGGAUGUAUGAUUACUUAAUUAAGAAGCUUGGCAAGGAAGAAAACUACAAAAAAAUUAAGCAUUUUAUUAAUACUAUAAAUACAAUUUGGGAUAGAGGUGAAAAAAGGAAAAAUUGUAAUAUUCUUUCAUACGUUGACAAUGUAAAUUCGGUUGAUAUAAUGAAAUGCGCUUAUGAUUAUUCUGUUGAUUAUUCUACAAUUGAAAAUCAGCUUAGUAUUACUCAGUUUAAAUGCAGCAACGAGUUUUCUGAAUAUAUUGAAAAUAAGAUUCUACAAUAUAAGUCAGCAAAACAAGAAUGCGUAGAUAAUACAAAAGAAUAUUGCAAUGAAUUAAGAAAUUUAUUCAUUGCACCCAUGAAUGAAAAAUUGCUGAAAUUAAGUUGUAAAUUGGUAAGUAAUCAAGUGUUAGGUUCUAUAGCACAACAAAAUUUUCAUCUUACCCCCUCAGAAUUUGGCAAAGAGAGAAAUCAGGAAGUUCAUGAGAGUGUAGAUUCCACUCAGCCUUCCAAAGCAAUAAUGGGAGUUACUAUUCCAGUAUUCGGAAUAUUGCUAUUUUUCUUCAUUUUAUACAAGUUUUCUCCAAUAGGGGCAUUAUUACACAACAGUUUGAGAAAAAAAGAAAAAACUCUGUUUAAUUUAGAUGAUAUAUUUGACUAUGGAUUAAAAGAUUAUUUAUCCGAAAUUCCAUCACUGAGGAACAGAUUAAAUAUUUUAUACCCUACCAGAUGA